AUGGCUUUGAAAAAGGUGAAAGGGAAUUUUGAGAGGAUGUUUGACAAAAAUUUGACGGAUUUAGUUCGUGGAAUCAGGAAUAACAAAGAUAAUGAGGCAAAGUACAUAGCCCAGUGUAUGGAAGAAAUAAAAGUAGAACUACGACAAGAUAAUAUCGGUGUGAAAGCUAAUGCCGUUGCUAAAUUGACAUAUCUUCAAAUGUUGGGAUAUGAUAUUUCAUGGGCAAUAUUCAAUAUUAUUGAAGUUAUGAGUUCUAAUAAGUUCACUUAUAAACGAAUUGGUUAUUUAGCUGCAAGUCAGUCCUUCCAUGCUGAUUCAGAAUUACUGAUGCUUACAACAAAUAUGAUAAGAAAAGAUCUUAAUGCUCAAAAUCAGUAUGAAGCCGGUCUGGCAUUAAGUGGACUCAGUUGUUUUAUUUCACAUGAUUUAGCUAGAGAUUUGGCAAAUGAUAUUAUGACAUUGAUGAGUUCCACAAAACCUUACUUGAGAAUGAAAGCUGUUCUCAUGAUGUACAAGGUAUUUUUAAGGUAUCCAGAGGCCCUUAGGCCAGCAUUUCCAAAGUUAAAGGAAAAAUUAGAAGAUCCUGAUCCUGGUGUGCAAUCAGCUGCUGUUAAUGUUGUCUGUGAAUUAGCAAGAAAAAAUCCCAAAAAUUAUUUGUCACUAGCUCCAGUAUUCUUUAAAUUAAUGACUACAUCAACAAACAACUGGAUGCUGAUCAAGAUCAUUAAACUGUUUGGUGCCUUAACCCCAUUAGAGCCUCGACUUGGAAAGAAACUGAUAGAACCAUUAACUAAUUUAAUACAUAGCACAUCCGCCAUGUCGCUGCUAUAUGAAUGCAUCAAUACGGUGAUUGCUGUGCUGAUAAGCAUUAGCAGUGGAAUGCCCGGACACGCUGCAUCCGUGCAGCUCUGCGUGCAAAAACUAAGAAUACUCAUAGAGGAUAGUGAUCAAAAUUUGAAAUAUCUGGGCCUGCUCGCUAUGUCUAGAAUACUCAAGUCCCACCCAAAGUCCGUGCAGGCGCAUAAGGACCUAGUCUUAGCGUGUCUAGAUGAUAAGGAUGAAUCUAUUAGACUGAGAGCUCUGGGUCUUCUAUAUGGCAUGGUGUCUAAGAAAAACCUGAUGGAGAUCGUGAAGAAGCUCAUGGUGCAUAUGGAACGCGCUGAAGGCACUUUAUAUCGCGACGAGCUGCUGACGCGCAUGAUAGAGAUCUGUUCUCAGAAUAGCUACCAGCACGUCGUAGACUUCGAGUGGUACGUCACCGUGCUAUCUGAGCUCACUGAGAUGGAAACAAGCGCUAAGCAUGGCCGCAUCCUGGCCGCCCAGCUGACGGAGGUGGGGGCGCGCGUGGCGGGCGUGCGUCCGUUCGCGGCGCGCGAGUGCGCGGCGCUGUGCGCGCGCGCCGCCGCCACGCCGCCGGGGCCCGCGUCGCGCGAGGCGCUCUACGCGGCCGCCUACGUCCUCUCCGAGUACUGCACGGAGGAGAGCGUGAUGCGCGAGUCGAUAUCGCCGCUGCUCGCGUGCGCCGGUGUGGGCGGGGCGUACAUGCGUGCGCGCGCUGUUUGCGUGCACGCCGCGCUGAAGCUGUGCGCCCGGCUGUUGCUAGCCUACGAACGGCGCGGCGACGUCAACUCCGCCCUAGAGGUGUUGCGGGAGACGCUGGCGGGGCUGCGGCCGCUGCUCUGCAGCGAGGACAUGGAGGUGCAGGAGCGGGCGCACAACGGCUGCGCGCUGCUGGCCAUCGUGCUGCGCCGGCUGGAGCCAGACGACCCGGCGCUAGGGCUCCAUGGCGCCCUCGCGGCCGACGAGGGCGCCGACGCCGACGCGGGCCGCACCGCCACGCUGGUCGAACACGAGCAGAGUAAUGGCCUUGAGAAGGAAGCGAUUGAAGAUCAGUCGAACGGCGAGGGAGCCACCCCGGCCUUUAGUGGUGGACUGAUUGAAGAACUCGCCAGUCUCUUCGAGGGUGAAUUGAAGCCGGUGGCGGCCAAGGCGCAGAAGAAAGUCCCCAUGCCGUUUGGUUUGGAACUGGAAAAAUGGCUGUCCUGCGAACACUGGUCCUCGGAGGGUUCCAGUUCAGAGGGAGAGGGCGACGAUGGCGCCGUUUUCGCAGCGCCCCAAGAGGAAGCGAGGCCCCUCUCCCAAUUCACCCCAGAAGAACUUCACAUGCUACGCGAGGCGCGGAGACAGGAGCAGGCAAACAACCCUCACUAUCUGAAGGACGACUCGCCGCGCUCCUACCAGCAGGAAGACGUGCCCGUCGCGGAAUUGGCGCUCGAGGUUCCACUUCAGAUACACACUAAGAGAUCUGACAAGUACUUAAAGGAAAGCAAUAAGAAGACGAAGAAAGAAAAGAGGACGACGAAGAAAAGGAAAAAUAAAACUGAAAGACAUUCCAGUGAAUCUGACAGCGACGAACCGGAGAGGCUGUGCGCCCGGCCCGAGGUGGAAGUCGGCGGCGAGCUGCCAGAGGGCGCUGCCCUCAGCGACGACGAGGCCCCGCCUCCGCACGACGACCCGCACCGCGCCCUCGACCUGGACCUGGACUUGCCUCUUCGUGAAGAAGAAUUACUUACUUCUAGAAUACAGCAGUAUCCAUCGCCAGAAACUGGUCUACUUAAAAAGGAGUCAAAGAAAACUAAGUCUUCUGAUAAAUCUUUAAAACAAAAAGUUUCCAAUAAAAAGAAGGAUAAGAAGACAAAACGUGUUAAAGAUCUAGACUUAAUGUUGUCCGAGGCAGAUAAGAAGAAUAUAGGGGAAAAUUUGUUAAUAGACAAUUUAGAGCAAGGGAAAGCCAAGGUAACGGAAGGGUGCCGCAGCCGGGGACGUUCAACGAAAACGACGAAAUAUCAAGAGCCAGCUGGAGAGCAGCGCAACGUCUUCUGGUCGCGUUGGGUACGCGAAUAUCUGCCUGAGUUACAACACCGGCGGGAGCCGCAUGGACGUGUUUUAAGUGUUCAAAGUGGUGACUUAGUACAAAUCGUGGACGCUAAUUUACCGCGAAAUGUGUGGCCCCGUGGCAAAGUCGCCGCUACGUAUCCCGGUCCUGACAACAUCGUGCGCACGGUCGACGUGCAGACGAGAGGUGGAGUACUACGGCGGCCAGUCAGGAAGCUGGUCAUACUACCACGUGCUGAAGACUCAUCAACGGAGGAUGCUGGACGGGCUACGAGCGACGCUUCGACC